CGUUUCAGUUAGAAACAGAAGGAAGAGGAGGAAGACGUACUGUUUCGGCGAGGAAUAUGAGGUAUGAGGUUUUGCUUGUAUGUCUGGCGGUGGUGCUGGUGGAUGUAAUGGGACAGGAGUUCCCGAAGGAAGUCACUUUCCACCGGGAAGAGUGGUGGAAAAACCUGAUGAGAGGGACAGAAGAAGAAGGCAAAAGUGAGCAGGAAUUUCGAUACGGGGGGCCUGAAGGCAGAAGCUGUCGGUGUCGACGAGGACGAAGUGGGCUCGUGUCGUGUUGGGGGCUGGAUUGUCGGGAAUUCCCCAAGGACCUCACUCCCCACGAUACGAGUUUAGACUUUGGACCUUUCAACGUCACCCGACUGACCCGGGAUGACCUGAGUUCGCUGAAACACGUCCAGGUUCUGACCAUCAGGAACGGCCCGUUGAGGGACGUGGACGUCGGUGCAUUUCGAUCCAUGAUCCAAUUGAAGAAUCUCUCCAUCUCCUUUACCCACGUUCAAGCGCUUCAUCCUCAAGCCUUCCAGGGUUUGGAGAAGCUGGAGGAGAUGUUUCUCAUCAAGAACCGUAUCCGAAAGAUAUCGAAAGUGACUGAAAGCAUGAGAGCGGAGGUUCUUCCGAACUUGUUCCGACUUCACCUGGGAGGGAAUGACAUCGGCAGAGUGUGGCCAGAUGAUUUUGCAGCUCUGAAAAUGGGAUCCUUGAGGGAUCUUCAGUUGCCAUCCAGCAACCUCUCUCAUAUUCACCCUCGGGCCUUCGUUCCGUUUGGAAAACUCGGGAGACUCCAGCUCCGCGAAAACGUGAUCCCCUCUGCCAAUUUACUCGAGAUCGUUGCCAAUCUGCCAGAGAGUCUCUACGGCUUCGACAUCUCCUCCAUCCCUCUGAAUACGCAGGAAAUUACCAACAUUCUCUUCGCUCUCUCCCGCACGAAUGUUCGAGAACUCUGGCUUUCGAAGACAACAAUCCCGACUUUAUGGAAGGGGUUCCUGCCGAAGUGGGAUGUAUUAGAACGACUAGAGCUGAAACAGGUGGGAAUGUUGUACGUGGAAGAUGGGGCCUUGGACGGAACGGUCCACUUGAAACACCUGACGCUGAGUGAAAACAAACUCACUUCCAUUCCCAUGGGGAUCUUAGCACCUAGUCUCACCACUUUAGAUCUGUCCAGGAACAGCGGAGGGAAACGAAUCUAUUCCUAUUUUCACAUUGGAGAAUUGACAUUCCGGAACAUGUCGACGCUGGAAUCCCUGGAUCUGAGUCGGAAUAAAGUAUUGAAGAUCGAGAAGAAUGCCUUUAUGGGGCUUUCUUCUCUCCAGCGACUAAACCUGGAGGAGUCAGAGCUCGAGGAAUUGAGUCCAGGAGUGUUCGAUCCUCUCAGCGCUCUCGUCUCCUUAGAUCUCAGCCGGAAUCACCUGGUGAAGGCCUUUCCUAAGGACUCUUCCGGAAUCUCCAUCACUUUCCCCGGGAGCUUGAAGGUUUUGAAACUGAGCAGUUGUGGGAUCCAGAGCGUGACCGAGGAGAACUUCUCCAACUUGAAAAAACUCACUUUCUUAGACCUGAGCCACAACAAGUUGUUCACUCUGCCAAAGACGGCAUUUCGGGACAUGGAGAACCUGAAGGUUUUGAACUUAUCCCAUAACGGUCUGAUCGGGUGGCACGAAGGCCUUUUGACCACAAACGCCCAGUUACUUUACCUUUCCCUUCGAGAAAAUCACGUGACGACGGUGACACGGGAAAUGAUCCAAGAUGUAUCGAUCGGGGUCGAACACUUGGAUCUCCAAGGGAAUCCCUUCGCCUGCACGUGCGACCUGAAAGAUUUUGCAGCCUGGUUCCUGGGCCCGAAGUCGGAUUCGGUGAAAGGGAAAGAAUCUCUUAUUUGUGUGAGUCCACAGGAAUGGGAAGGGGUCUCCCUGUUGAAGUACGCGGCCGUCUCCCUCGAUAUCUGUCCAUCAUCAUUAUUGCAACUUUCCUCUUCCUCCAUUUCCUCUCAUUUCAACUGCUUUUCUAUCCUCUUCAUCAUCAUCCUUGCCUUCCACGUCUUUCCCUUUUAGGGCAUUCUACUUUGUAUGUGUCAUCGUGCAUCGGUUUUUCAAGGUCCUCGAU